GGAAGGGGCGGGCGGGCGUGAGGCGGGCCCCGGCGCGGCGGGGCAGGGCGCGGCCCGGCUGUGGCGGGGCUGCCGGGAGUGGGGCGACCCCCCCUGCCGAGCCGAGCCGAGCCGUGCCGUGCUGCGCCGCGCCGCGCCGCCCCUCACGCCUCGCCUCUGCCCGCGCCCAGCCCUACGCGGGAGCAGCCGCCGCCGCUCUUCUCUUUGUGGCCGCGGCUCCCGCCUCGCCGCCGCGGGGUCCCUAGCUGCGCCUCGGCUGUCGGGGAGGGGGGUCGCUGGUGCCGUGGCGUAGCCGGGAGAGGUUCGCGGGGAGGCGAGCCCCGGUGCAGCGGCAGCCAUGGGGCUACAGCCCCUGGAGUUCAGCGACUGCUACCUGGACAGCCCCUGGUUCAGGGAGCGGGUGAGAGCCCAUGAGGCCGAGCUGGAGAGGACCAAUAAGUUUAUCAAGGAGUUGCUCAAGGAUGGGAAAAACCUGAUCGCCGCGACCAAAAACCUUUCAGCAGCGCAGAGGAAAUUUGCCCAUUCUCUGAGAGACUUUAAAUUUGAAUUCAUUGGUGAUGCAGAGACAGAUGAUGAAAGAUACAUAGAUGCAUCACUUCAUGAGUUUUCAAACUUUUUAAAAAAUCUGGAAGAACAAAGAGAAAUUUUGGCACUCAGUGUUACUGAAACUCUGAUCAAACCUUUGGAAAGAUUUAGGAAAGAGCAGCUAGGAGCUGUAAAGGAGGAAAAGAAGAAGUUUGAUAAAGAGACAGAGAAGAACUACAGUUUGUUAGAAAAGCAUUUGAAUUUAUCAGCUAAGAAGAAAGAGUUACAGUUACAAGAGGCAGAUAAUCAAGUGGAUCAGAACAGAAAACACUUCUAUGAGCUGUCCCUCGAGUAUGUAUGCAAGUUGCAAGAGAUACAGGAGCGGAAGAAAUUUGAGUGUGUGGAACCUGUGCUUUCAUUUUUUCAGGGUUUGUUCACUUUCUAUCAUCAGGGUUAUGAACUUGCUAAAGACUUCAAUCAUUACAAAAUGGCCCUGCAGAUAAAUAUACAAAAUACAAGAAAUCGUUUUGAAGGAACAAGGUCAGAGGUGGAGGAGCUCAUGAACAAGAUCAGAAGAAAUCCUCAGGAACACAAAAGAGCAAAUCACUUCUCAAUGGAAGGCUAUCUCUAUGUACAGGAAAAAAGGCCUGCUCCCUUUGGUUCCAGCUGGGUGAAGCACUAUUGCACGUAUAGGAAAGACACAAAAAAGUUCACCAUGAUCCCAUUUGAACACAGAUCAGGAGGCAAAAUUGGUGAUGAAGAACUCUUCGUCCUUAUGUAUUGCACCAAAAGAAAUAUAGAUACUAUAGACAGGCGAUUCUGUUUUGACUUGGAAGCUUCAGACAGGCCUGGAGUUCCUGUGACCAUGCAGGCGUUUUCUGAGGAAGACAGGAGAUUGUGGUUGGAAGCCUUGGAUGGAAAAGAAUCUCUGUUCAUCAAUUUGAAUAGAGCAAAUGCAAAGCGAGAGGGAAGUGCACAACUGGAUAAGAUAGGGUUCACUGUCAUCAAAAAGUGCAUCAGUGCUGUUGAAACACGAGGUAUAAAUGACCAAGGAUUGUACAGAGUUGUGGGGGUGAGUUCAAAGGUCCAGAGACUUCUGAGUUUGUUGAUGGAUGCAAAAACCUGCAAUGAAGUUGACCUGGAAAAUUCUGUGGAUUGGGAAGUGAAGACAAUUACUAGUGCUAUGAAGCAAUAUCUGCGAAGUCUUCCAGAGCCACUGAUGACAUACGAGUUGCAUGGAGAAUUCAUCGUUCCUGCCAAAAGUGGAAGUCCUGAAUCUCGAGUUAAUGCUGUUCACUUCUUGGUCCAUAAACUCCCAGAAAAAAACAAAGAGAUGCUGGAAAUUUUGGUGAAACAUUUAGCAAAUGUUUCAAAGCAUGCCAAGAAGAAUCUAAUGACUGUGGCAAAUCUAGGGGUGGUAUUUGGACCAACCUUAAUGAGACCACAGGAAGAAACUGUAGCAGCCAUCAUGGACCUGAAGUUUCAGAAUAUUGUUGUCGAAAUCCUGAUAGAGAAUCACGAGAAGAUUUUCAAAACCCUGCCUGAUGCCACUCUCCCUGAGCCAAUCUCUAUGUCGGUAUCUCCUCCAAAUGCCCCACCGAGGCAAUCGAGAAGACAAGGACAACGUAUUAAGAGGCCUCUGGCUGUUUACAAUCUCUGUCUUGAGCUGGAUGAUGCUGACAGUCACGGCUCUCCCAGAGAAGACACCCCAACUGGGAGCAUGGAUUCUCUUUCUUCCCAGUCUCCGACACCUGCCUUCUCUAGUAGCCCCCCUGGGCUCCUGGAUGGAAAUCACCUUAUUAUGGACAGCGGAGAUCUUGCAGGCUGGACAACAAAUCUUCCUGGUCAAAGCCGCUCAUCGAUGGUCUCGUGGAUGAAUACGCCCUCUGCUAACCCAGCUGCCACAAAUACUGCACCAUCCACUUUCUUAUUCCCUUACCCCGCUACCGGGAGUGACAGAGCAGUGGAAAGCAUUGCCCACCGAAAAGCAAGAGCAGUUUAUCCGUGUGAAGCAGAACAUAGCUCUGAAUUAUCAUUUCAGAUAGGAGCAAUUUUUGAGGAUGUGCAAUUUUCCAGAGAACCAGGAUGGCUAGAAGGCACGCUAAAUGGCAAGCGAGGACUUAUUCCACAAAAUUAUGUUCAGUUUUUAUAGCUUCGUGCAUUGAACGCCAAGAAGGUGUACAUGGUAUCCAUGGAUUUUUGUUAAGAGUCACUGCUCUCUACUUUUGUGACUGCUUUUAAUCAAUGAAGAGCCUGACUAUGGGUUGAAGACCCUAAUCUGUAUAAAGACAUUAAUUGUUGCCAAAUACGAAUUACAAAAAAAGAUUCUUUAAGGGUUGGAAUGGGUGGAGGGACAGGAAAGGGGGAUGGAGGGAUAGGUUAAUUUUUUAAUAGGGUGCUUUUUUCAGUUGUAAAGAGCAGUAGUGGUAUGAUUGUUUGCAAGAUAUAACUAGCAUUUUAAGUCAAAUAUUUGGUUGAUCUGUGAGUCAACUAUCAGUUGAAGAAGAUUUUUAUAAACUUAGUAUCCUGGAGAUUGUGUAUCAAUAAGCAGUAUUUUUAACAGAAUAUUAUUUGGGUUUGGAAAAUCCUGUCGGAUUAAAAAAAGCUAUAAUGCUGACAGUUAAAUUAUGUUUCGAAGUGGAAUAGACAGUAUGGAACAGACACCAGUAAGUAAAAUAAUAGGUAUCAAGACAUGAUAUUUUUCAAAUGUCUUCAAAGAACACAUUCGUUUAUGUUGUAUGAUUUCAUUUAUUUUAUAAAGAUAAGACACACGAACUUUUAUUACCUGCCUCUAUAUAUCAUGGUUUCUUUGCUACUCAGAAAUAUCACUGUAAAUGAAAUAAAAUGUUAUUUGCUAUUUGACCUAA